AUGAGAUAUGCUAUCUUCGAGCGGUCCGAGGGGAAGGGCUGCAUCUCUUCUGGAGGAGGUACAAUGGAGGACAGAAGCCUUCCUCGUAUUGUGGUCAUUACACUGUCUGUGCUGAUCUACAUUUCUGCUUUGGCAAUAAAUGCCAUGGCAGGAGCUGGAAAGGGACCAUUCCACUGGAGUACAGGGAACAUCUCCAGGAAGUAUGAGACUGACAUAACUCCGGCCGGAUGGACCUUCUCCAUCUGGGGGCUUAUCUACACCUGGCUGACCCUCAUGGUCAUGUAUAUCAUCUCCUUGAUCUACAGAGGGAGCUGGACCCUCUCUGUGCUACUGUACGGUUUCUACCUGUCCUGGAUAGUUAACAUGGCCCUCAACAUGACCUGGCUGCUCCUAUGGGAUCAAGAGUGCGUGACUGCGGCAUUGAUUGUAAUGGCGACCAUUGCUGUCACCAACUACUCCAUGGUCUUCUUCUCCUGCUAUGGGCUGAGUGUUUACGGAGCCUGGCUCAGCCAGAACCACCCCAGGGACCUCUGGUGCAUUCGGUUGCUGGUGCAAAAUGGCAUUGCGCUGUACAGCACGUGGACAACCAUCGCCACUUUGAUCAACUUCACUCUGGUGUUGGACCUCUCUGGAGUGGCAAAGAGCACUGCAGCCACCGUGUCUCUCUGCAUCCUACUGGUGGAGGUGAUCGGAUGGUUUGGUAUUGAGAACUUCCUGCUGUAUCAACAUGUGAGGUACAUCCUGACUAUUUACCCUGUGGUGAUCAUUGCUCUGGUUGGAAACGUGACCAAGCACUACAACCCUGCAGCACCAAGCGCUAACGCUAUCUUCAUGGUUGUGCUCUUGGUGAUUUCCUGUGUGCUCCUGGUGGUGCGAGUCUCCCUGGUGAUCAGGAGAACCAGGAACCAGACCCUUCACCCGGAGGCUUUGAACUCACCCAGCAGCCUGUCCAAGAAGCAGAGGAAGAUACUCAUGUAG